AUGGGUGCUAACAGCUCCGUGUCAAAUGGUGGACCGGCCAUCACGGAGGAGCAGUGGGGCCGCAUGCAGGAGGUGUGGUCGAAGAUUUGCACGAAUGAGCAGUUCAAGCCGAAGUGCAUCAUUCAGUUCCUGUGCAAACACUCCAAGACCAUGAGGUAUGGCGAAGUGGAUCGCGUGGUGGGUUCCAAUGCCUUUGUCAAGAUCGCUGACGAGGUCUUUGUAAUGCUGGAGAAGGCCAAUGCGAUUUGGUGCUUUGUGCCUGACGAGCACUUGUCGCGAGCGAAGGUUAUGGUGAGGGCAUCCAUGAAUACGGCGCAGAUUGCACAACUCACCUCAGUCUCCGGUGUGAAAGUGAUCGUCACGGCAGCGGCUGCAGAGGGUCUUUUCGGUGCAGCCUCUGUCACCAGUGGGCUGGCGACUCUGGGGGACGGCUCUGUCGCCACUGGGGGCUGUGGGAUGGUCGGUGGGAUCCUGGUUGUGGCUGCAGCACCAUCAGCGCUCACGGCUCACACCAUCUACCAGCUUUGUGAUGCUAUGGAGAACAACUCCAUCACCCCCACCGCCGUGGCGCUGGGUGGUACUUUGGGCGCCCUCGGCGGGUCCACUGUGGGCGUCGUCAUGGUGGCGGAGAGCGGCGCGGUGGCGGGGCUGUCGGCCUCAGGGAUCACCAGCGGAUUGGCGGCCUUGGGAGGUGGCACCGUCGCCUCGGGCGGCUUGGGGAUGUUGGGCGGCGUCGCCGCCGUGGCGGGCGUGGCCUCGCUGGGGGCCUUGGCGGUGGGCGGAGUCGCGUGGAUCGUCUCUCACGAGCUGGUGCAAGGGAAGCUCAAGGAGCAGAGGAUCCAGAAGCUCGGCCAGGACCUGGUUUCUGGAGUCAGCUCCUACCCCUUGGAGAUGCUCCGAAGUCUUCUGGCCAGCGGCCUGGCUUUGCUCCUCAGGUCGCCGUCGAGACGAAGGAAGCUGGAGAUUCAGUACUCAAGGCCGAGCUGUGCUCCGUCAGCUUCCUACGCCUACAGCGUCUUGGCCUUCUAUCUGGUCCACCCUGUCAAGGCGCCACAGGAAGAGGCCUUGCAACACAAAGCUUGGUGCAGGUCCCGUGGCUUGCUGGGACGCGUGUGGGUCUCCAGCAGAGGUUUGAACGUCCAGAUCAGUGGGAAGACAGAGGACUGUGAGAGGUACGCAGACUUUGUCGCCAGACGCUUCCGCACCUGUCGAGGACCACUGGUUUGCAAGAUCGAUCCGGUGCCGGAACCGGCCUUUCCGAGACUGAGAGUCAAGGCCAAGCAGUUGGUCUCAUUGCACCCGGAGCUCGCGGAGCAGGUGGACAUGACCGACCGCGGCGAGGAUUUGGAGCCAGAAGAGUGGCGCCGGAAGCUGCAAGGCUUGUCGAUGGGAGAACCUGGCAAAGUCCUGGAUGUCCGCAACGACUAUGAGUGGGACUUGGGGCACUUCGCGCAUGCCGAGCGCCCGAGCACUGAGCAGCUGCGCGCCAUGACAGCUGAAAGCAUGGGCUUGCAGAGUGAAGAUCAGGAGACGCCCUUGUACAUGUACUGUACCGGUGGAAUCCGCUGCGAGUUCAUGGGUGCGGCGCUACGACAGCGUGGUUUCAAGAAGGUCUACAAGCUGAAGGGCGGGAUCCAGCACUAUGGCAACACUGUGGGCGCUGAGGAGUGGAAGGGACGUUUGUUCGUCUUCGACCGCCGCAACUCCAUCAGCGUGGGACCAGAGGGCCGCGCUGAACCUCAGUGGUGUUCCACUUGCGGCUCUCGAGUGGCCGAGGAGUUCUGGAACUGCGGGAACAUGGAUUGCAACCGCUGCAUGGUCACUUGCCGCGAGUGCUUGAGGAGCCUGGAUGGUGUUUGCUGCAAAGGCUGCAUGAGAGCCGCCAGGCGCUUGCCGGCGACAUGGAGAGGCAUGAAUGGAGGCUUGAACAACAUGCAGGCGCACUUUGCAUAUGGAAUGAUAUAUUCUCAACCAUAUAUCGCAAAAUAG